AUGCGUGCCGGCCUCAUCGCAUCGGAGCGGGCGUGCCACAAGUGCGACAACGUUAUGUUCUUCGCCCGCUCCACCGUCCCCAUCUCCAAGCUUCUGAAGGCGCUCUACUUUUGGGCAAGCGAGACACACGUCAUGGAGGCCGGCCAGCACGCCAAGGUGACGGCGAAGACCGCGGGGAAAUGGUACGCGUACACGCGUGUGUUGAACGGUCGCACGAAGGUCACGCUCUACACGCUCGAGAACAACAUGUUCCAUGCUUGCAUGCGGUACACGCACCAGUAG